CCCAGCCUUUCCUUCGGCCCUGGCUGCGCCGCACACGCCGCGCCAUGGGACUUUUCCGCCAUGGAGCUCUAUCCACCGAAGGCCCGGAAAUGGUGGACGUGGACCUCUCACCGAUCCAGGUGGUCUUCCAAAAAGGACGACCCCUGGCUUCCCUUGGUCCUGACCUUCAUUUCGUGGCUGACGUUUUCCUUGACGAUGCUCCUCUUCGCCUUUGGCGAGGAGAUCGGCCAUACAAUCUGGGCGGUUUGGCUGAGCGCCCUUCUGCUUGCCAUCUUUGUCCUUUCGAUGGCAUGGGCUCGGCGAAUGCCGGGCCAGAUGCUCCUAGGCUAUUUCCUGCUGGCUGCCUUGCUGCUGGCGGUGCCCUUCGGCGAGUCCGUGGCGGAGAGCUUUAUGGAUGAAUUCUUCAGACUGAGGGGUGGGGCCGCCUAUCGCCUCAAAGCUUCCACUGCAGGCGCUUCAGUGCUGGACGCCACGGUGCUACACUUUGAGAAGGGCGACUUCGUGAAUGCGAGUAAGAGCAUUGGCUUCAAGAAGGCGGGGCAUCUCUAUUGUGUGGCGCCACUCUUGAGUCGCCGAAACCAAGAAAAUGUGAGCUUCUGGCUCAGCGGCAUGGACUGCUGCGACCAUCGAGGCGGCUUCUACUGCCACAGUGCGCAGGAGCCCAACGCUCGCUCGGGCAUCGUGCUGGCCGACCGCGAUGGCACCUUUGUGAAAGCUGCUCGCAUGGCGCAGUCGGUGCACCAGCUGCCGGUCUUGAAGAAGUACGAGAUCCUGGUGCUUGGCUGGGUCCCGCAGCCGGAGCUCUAUUUGCAACACCUGUGGGCGAGUGCGGUGACCUACAUCAGCAUUGCCAGCGGUAGCUGGCUGCUGUUGAGCUGUUGUCUCGCACCUUGCGCCUCACGCUCCAGGAGGUAUGGUCGACCGUUCUGAGCACGGAUUCCUUGAGCCUUGCCUUGCGGGAG